AUGAAGAUUCCUUACAAUUUCAUCCAGCCUUCUGGAAAUGUAGUCUUCGCCGCCAGGGGUGGAAAGAUUCACUCCUUUAGUCUGCAAGACGGCUCUCACCUAUCGACAUGGGAGCACCCCGACGUCGAGAAAGUUGCAGCCGCCUCAGCCGCCGCCGCUGCAGCUAAGGUCGAGAUAGAAGUGAGCUCCAGUGUGCCCACGCCCACAUCCCCUGCCGAUGGUGAGGAAGACGGCCCCCCGGCCAAGCGUCAGAGACUCGAGAAGGAAGACGAGCAGUCCAAGGACGACGGUGACGCCAUGGUCGUGGAUGAGCCUCCCAAGCAUCCCGAACAGGAGAACGAGAAACGAGGGAAGAAGGAUCGGAGGAAGGGUAACAGGGGCCAAAAUCAGGGCCAGAAAGCAAACAAUCGAGGCAGCAAUGUGUUCGCGAGGGUCCCCGAUCAACCUGUCAUCACCCUCAUGACCACUACCAGCGAUGGCAGCCAUCUGCUGGCCAUCUCGGGCCACGACAAGUCUCUUUGGGUGUUUGAGCACGACGGCAAGGGCAACCUGAAAGAGCUCGGUCAGAGAAUCAUGCCUAAACGCCCCUGCUCCGUCCUCAUCUGCCCGGGUAAUGAGACGAUUCUGAGCGCAGACAAGUUCGGCGACGUCUUCUCGUUACCUUUGAUCCCCACAGAUAAGCCUGCUGCUGCUGCUGCUGCCGCCGCCACUGGUGAUGCCGAUGCUGGUGCCAGUACGCCAGCUGAGGAAUCCACUCCGGCACCCGAGACGCAAGAGACCAAGCCGUUCAAGCCGGAAGCGAGCAACUUCACCGUGCACUCCAAGGCCAACCUGCGAGCCCUCAGGAACCAGGAGCGCGAGUCCAAGAAGGGGAAGCGCGACGUCACCAAGGAGGAGCCGACCUUCGAGCACACGCUCCAGAUCGGCCACGUCUCCAUGCUUACGGCGAUGAUGCUCGCGGAGAAGGGUUCGCGGCGGUAUAUCAUCACCGCGGACCGCGACGAGCACAUCCGCGUCUCGCGGUACAUGCCGCAUGCGCAUGUCAUCGAGGGCUUCUGUCUGGGUCAUACCAACUUCGUCAGCGCUCUCACUCUGCCUAGUCAGGAUGUUCUUGUUUCGGGCGGUGGAGACAGUGAGAUGUUUGUUUGGGACUGGGAGGCGGGCAAGGUCCUGUCCAAGUUCGACAUCUUGGAGCAGGCCCGACAGGUUGAGAGCGAGACUUCCAAGGUCGCCGUCUCUCAGCUUCUGUCAGCCACUGUUCUUGUCAAUGGCCUGCCAAACCCCGUGGUCCUGGCGGUCUGCGAAGGUAUUCCUUCCAUCUUUGUGCUGCGCGUCUCAGACCAAAACACUCUGUCCCACGUUCAGACCGUCUCUCUCCCGGGCAACCCCCUUCAUGUGGCCCCAAUCUCGAGCGACGGUACCCUGAACACCAUCCUGGUGGCUGUCGACCCGGCAGAGUCGAGUACCAUCGGUAUCGUGUCUUACAAGUGGACCGGUGCUGCCUUUUCAACAACACAAGACUUCACCCCUCAAGACGCGAGCUUGAGCGAGAGUGAGUUCGACUUGACAAAUGAGCAAGUGCGCAAGCUUUUGUACAACAUCGGAGAUCUGCGCAAAAAAGGAGACGACGAGCAAGGAGAAGGUGAAGAGGGAGAGCAAGUGGAGCAGACACAGGAAGCAUCGUAG